AAUCAAUGUUUCUUAUAGAGAGUUUGGACAUGUUUAAUGUUACAGAAGCUGUUCACAAUGUCCUCCAUUAUUGGUUAUGCACAUUGUUGUUCUUAAAAUAAUGUGUCGUGUUGGGCGGCAGACCAUAUCCGUGUCAGCCCUAAUUUUGUUCGCAGCGGUAUGGAUCCAUUUCUAGGGGGGUGAGUUAGGACAUUGUAGGGGUGGAUUUGUUGAUAAAAAUAGCUGAAAGAUAUCCCCCUCAAAUAUCGGUAUGUCGUGACCAAACACAUUGUAUGCAGUCUAUUUAAAGAAGGGGUCCAGACACCUUGUAAUAUUGAUUUCAGUCGGUUGAGCAAAAUGAAGUGAUUUUGAAAUUAGGAUUUCGAAAAUAUUUUUGCGGAUGUUCGCGUGUUCCAAGUAUUUAUCACAGCGAGUGGUAAUAGCAAAGUAGAUAGUGUUAUCGACACUUGCGCCUUAUGAUGAUGUAAUAAAUAUUGACCUGUUUAUGAGAAGUGGCUGUAGCAAAGGAGGGAUCAGCGGCCUUGCUAGAACUGUGUUAGGGAAAGUGCGAUACAACCUAGGUAGAACUGGGAAUAAAAUACUCAUUGUGUACACUUCGAAGCAGAAUUAUCACUCCGCGCUUUUAACUGUAUAAAAAUAAAUCUUCAUGUUCUAUAAAUUUUCAGAUGGAUUAAACAUAUAUGAUUUAAUGUUUCUCCAUCUGACGGUCGCUAUCAAUUGUUAUUAUAUGGAUGACCCAAUAGAAAUAUUUUGUUUCUCCAAAUGCAAGACAACAUAGAAGGUAUACUAAGUCUAAUUCGGUGCCCAUGAACCCUGAGGAUGUAGCAUUUGUGGGGGAAAAAGUUAGAAGUCAUGAAAAAAUCGAAAGAUACAGAAGAGCCCAUCUGAAUGAUUUGGAGAAUAUCCCAUUCUUCACAAUAAUAAGUUUUCUGUAUUUACUGACCAACCCUUCAGUAAAUGCUACGAUUAUGAUGUUUAGGAUCUACACUAUUACCAGAAUAGCACAUACCAUAACAUACUGCUUUCUGGAGUCUGCUUCUAGAAUUCUUUUAUAUCAACUUGGAGCUGCUAUAUUAUUCUAUAUGACCUAUUCUGUAGUCAAGCAUUUCAUAUAAAUAUAACAACAUCAAUAAAUUUCUUCUAAAAUUU